GUCCAGGUUGACCAUCGCGGCGCUCCAGAGGGAUCAUUGUCCGGUGGAAACAUGUCUUCCAGCAGCCGGCCUCGCUGCGUCCUGUGCUCCAAAUCCGAAGAGGAUUCGGUGACGGGAGCGCUCGCUUCCAAAGACGACGUCACUGCCCACCAGAACUGCCUGUUGUACGCAUCCGGUAUUUACUGUAAAAACUCCCCGUUGUUUGACGACCUCUUCGGAUUCUCGGUGGAGGACGUGAAACGGGAGAGGAGAAGAGGCAAGAAACUGAAGUGCUCCUUGUGUAAGAAGAUGGGUGCCACGGCUGGCUGUGAGGUUGUGAGUUGUCGUCGCUGCUAUCACUACCCCUGUGCUGUCACCUCCAACGCACGCACCAUAGACAACCAGAGGAGGGGCGUCUAUCAGUUGUUCUGCGCAGAGCACCAUGGGAAGGCCAUCGGAUCUGCAACCCCACCAGCAGCUCAAAAUGGAGGAGCAAGAGAGGGGUCAAAGGCCAGGCCGGUUGCCAUGUCAACGGUCGGCAGGAAAAGGAAGCUCCUGGACUCAGAUGAUGAGGAGGACGUUCUCUUGAUACCACCUGUGGAAUCGGACCUGGAAGACAGCCCACAGCCUAUGGUGCUGUCCAAAGGUCCUGAGAACACAACUGACAGAGGAGGUGCUACAACAUCAUCCAAACAGUGCCCAGACAUGUCCAGCGGCUGUGGUCUUGAUGGAGAUGAGACCGAUAUCGAAUCAGAUGAGGCAUCACUGAGUUUGCUUCCUGGUGUGUCGUCUGUGGAUGGAAGAGAACCCUUCUCCCCAGUUUUGCCACCAGAAGCCCCAGAAGCCCCCGGCCCGGUAGAUGCCCCCGCAGAUGCCCCCGGCCCGGUAGAUGCCCCCCUGGGGGGUGCUGGGCGGGCAGAGGUGUUCUGGCGCCGCUGUGGCGAGGCUGGCUGCACAGAGGACGUCUUCAGCCGCAUGACCAGCCACCUGAGAACCCUGGGACUACGCAUCCAGCAGCACAGCGCCACUGCACAGGACUAUGAUGUGGCCCUGAGAGUGUUCCAGGCUUUGGGGAACUCAGAGGAGGUCAUAGGUCACUUGGAGCAGGAAUUUGAGGUGAAACUGAAGGACCUGCAGCAGAGGAGAGAAGCACUGAAAGCAGCUAGAGGCUCUCUGACCAGCACAGACCAGCACUGACCAGCACAGAGCAGCACAGACCAGCACUGACCACAGACCAGCACAGACCAGCACAGACCAGCACAGACCAGCACUGACCAGCACUGACCAGCACAGACCAGCACUGACCAGCACAGACCAGCACUGAGCAGCACAGACCAGCACAGAACAGCACUGACCAGCACAGAACAGCACUGACCAGCACAGACCAGCACUGAGCAGCACAGACCAGCACUGAGCAGCACAGACCAGCACUGACCAGCACUGACCACCACACACCAGCACAUAUCAGGAGUCACCACAGACCAGCAGUCAUGUCCUCUGCAGGGGGUCAGUUGCUCUGGCCAGCUGUGCAGGACUGGACUGAGUGCUGCUGCAGGGUCUCCCACUAAUCUGGAGCACUGGUCUUGAUCUGGAGCACUGGUCUUGAUCUGGAGCACUGGUCUGGAGCACUGGUCUUGAUCUGGAGCACUGGUCUGGAGCACUGGUCUUGAUCUGGAGCACUGGUCUUGAUCUGGAGCACUGGUCUGGAGCACUGGUCUGGAGCACUGGUCUUGAUCUGGAGCACUGGUCUUGAUCUGGAGCACUGGUCUUGAUCUGGAGCACUGGUCUGGAGCACUGGUCUUGAUCUGGAGCACUGGUCUUGAUCUGGAGGACUGAUCUUGAUCUGGAGGACUGAUCUUGAUCUGGAGCACUGGUCUGGAGGACUGGUCUUGAUCUGAAGCACUGGUCUUGAUCUGGAGCACUGGUCUUGAUCUGGAGGAAUGGUCUAAGACUGUUUCCCUAACUGUGUUAAUGGCUUAAUGUUGGACCGUAUACUGUAUUAACUGGAUUUUGGAAUUGCUAUGCAUCAAACAUUUAUUAUUACAUAUUUUUGAACAGAAGACUCCAGGUACCCAACUCAGAGUGUCUUCAAUAUCCAGUAACAAAUAGGAAACAUAAUUCUGUUUCACCUUCUGAAGAGUGGUUAGACUGAUUCACUAUUCUUUUUUUCUCCCUAAUGUCCUUGACCUGUGGUGUUCCCCUGGGGCCGAUCUUGGGGCCACUUGGGGUUCAACCUCUAUAUGCUCCCACUUGGAAAAAUCAUCAAAUUUCAAUAAUCAAUAAUCUGAUUUCCUGUCAUAGCUAAGUAGAUGACACACAAGUUUACUUAGCUCUGUCACCAAAUCACUACAGUCCCCUUAGAUCUCUUUGUCAGUGUAUUAACCAAAUCAACAACUGGAUGUCUCAAAAUUAUCUUCAGUUGAACAAAGAAAAAAUUGUUAUUAUAUAUAUUAUAAUAUAUAAUAUAUUAUAUUAUAAAGGUUAUUAUAUUUGGUAAAAAGGAGGAAAACGUAGGAUUACCAUUGCCACUAUCCACAGCACGUAAUACUGUUAAACAUAUUGGUGUGUUAAUUGACAGUGAUCUACAUUUUUCAACAGCCAUAUGAAAGCAAUAACUAAAUCAGGUUUCACCACCUCAAAAACGUCGCCAAACUUCGAGGGCUAAUGUCAAAACAUGAUUUACAAAAACUCGUCCAUGCUUUUAUCUCCAGCAGGGUUGAUUACUGCAAUGGUUUUUUUCACAGGCCUUCCUAAAAAGAUUAUCAAACAGCUUCAGGUGAUUCAAAAUGCAGCAGCUAGGAUUCUCAGGAAAACUAAAUGAACUGACUACAUUAUUCCAAUUCUUAGGUGUGCUGGCGUCCAGUAAGUCACAGAGGUGACUCUAAAGCACUACUGCUUUAUUAUAAAUCAGUGAACAGAGCAGGACCUACAAACCUACGGUAUGUGUUGGGAAGGUUACUUUAGAAAUGUAAUGUGUUACAGUUACAAGUUACCCUGUUUAAAAUGUAAUAGUGGUGUAACUAUUUGAAUUACUUAAUCUGAGUAACGUAACUAAAUACUUUUUGAUUACUUUUUUGAAUUUUUAAUGAUAUAUAUAGUCCCCAAAUCCAUGCGAAGAUUUCGGCCUUGGUCUCCAGGCUGCUGAGCAGUUCGGUACAAGCGCUCAUGGCAGCAUGGGCAUUCUCAGGCUUUAUUGAGCCCCUUUUAAUUAAUUAGCAUCAUAUUUUUUUAUGAGGAUAAUAUAAUGAUAAUCACCACAAGGUCAGACUUCAAGCCAAAUUUUACUGUAAAAUCAAUCUGAGUUAACGUACAGAUAGGUCACACACAGCCUUUUUCUUUCUUUAUCAUAACACGUUUACAGGCAGGCAUGUAGGCCUACGCUGAUGGCGCUGUAGAUGUGAUAGAGCCUAUCAGAUGGUCCCGUAUCAAACUAUGGCUGUGGAGGGAAACAGUUAUUUUUACAUACAAUAUUCUUUGCAAGGUUUUGCUGACAAUAUUGAGAUGUAAUUCAAAUUGUAAUUUUUAAAAAUGUCAAAAGUACCUUUAAUUGAAUUGCACAUUUUUCUCCAGUAACUGUAAUAUAUUACUGUUACAUUUAUUUUGUAAUUAAAUUUCGGAAUGCAAUUACAUGUAAUGCGUUACUCCCCAACACUGUACCUAUCAGACAUGCUUCAGUAGUACACUAGACCUCUCAGGAGCUAAACAUGGCGAAGCAGCUUUUAGCUGCUAUGUAGCUCAGCUCUAAAUCCUCUAAAAAAAAGGCCCCAACUGUAGCCAGUUUUAAAUCUAGACUUUUUAUUUUCAGAUGCCUUUUGCUAACUGCACUUAGUUACUCAUUCUGAAUUUGUCUUUAAUUAUUCUUGUGUCCUUCAUGCUUUCUUUUUUAUUAUGAUGCACAUUACAAUCUUUACUUUGUAAACGGUUAUUUGACUAUUGCCCCUCUAUGCUUUUAUUUGUUAUUACUGUUUAUGAAAUUUAUUUAUGAAAUGCGCUAUAUAAAUAUAUAGACUUGGCUUGA